AUGUCUGGCCGGGGCAAGGGCGGCAAGGGGCUCGGCAAGGGCGGCGCCAAGCGCCACCGCAAGGUGCUGCGCGACAACAUCCAGGGCAUCACCAAGCCGGCCAUCCGCCGCCUGGCUCGGCGCGGCGGCGUCAAGCGCAUCUCGGGGCUCAUCUACGAGGAGACGCGCGGCGUGCUCAAGGUCUUCCUGGAGAACGUGAUCCGCGACGCCGUCACCUACACGGAGCACGCCAAGAGGAAGACGGUCACGGCCAUGGACGUGGUCUACGCCCUCAAGCGCCAGGGUCGCACCCUCUACGGCUUCGGCGGCUAAGCUGAAAAUAGUUAA